UUUUACUUUCACAGACCAAUGACUUUUACAUAUACCACCCCUCUUUCCCCUGUCCUGGUCCUCCUCACUUUCCACACAAAACUACUGCAUGUUCCUUUCUUCUCCGCCCUUAGCCACCGUACACAACCGCCGCUAAACUCCCCACCAUGGGAAACCUAGUCACAUGCCUAACUCCAACCACCAAAACCACACACAAACACAAACACAAACGCGAACGCAGACCCAACCCCUACGCGAGCUCCCCGUCGCCUCAGGUCGUCAAGCAAGUCCUCCCGCCGGGGCCCAACAAGAACGCGAAGAUCGGCGACAAGUACAUGCUGAGCCGCGAGCUCGGUCGCGGCGAGUUCGGCACCACGUACUUGUGUACGGACAAGGAAACGAGAGAAAACUUGGCGUGCAAGUCAAUUCUGAAGAAGAAGCUGAGGACUUCUGUGGAUGUUGAAGAUGUGCGGAGAGAAGUGGCGAUCAUGUCGAGCUUGCCGGAGCAUCCGAACAUUGUGAAGCUGAAGGCGACGUAUGAGGAUAAUGAGGCGGUGCAUUUGGUGAUGGAGCUGUGUGAAGGCGGGGAGCUGUUUGAUCGGAUUGUGGCGAGAGGUCAUUACAGUGAAAGAGCGGCGGCGGGGAUUGCGAAGACGGUGGCGGAGGUUGUGAGGAUGUGUCAUGAGUGUGGCGUUAUUCACCGUGAUUUGAAGCCGGAGAAUUUCUUGUUUGCUAAUAAGAAGGAGAAUUCGCCUCUUAAGGCUAUUGAUUUUGGGCUCUCUGUUUUCUUUAAGCCAGGCGACACGUUUUCUGAGAUUGUGGGAAGUCCUUACUACAUGGCUCCAGAGGUUUUGAAGCGUAAUUAUGGCCCAGAGAUUGAUAUAUGGAGUGCCGGUGUGAUUCUUUAUAUUCUUUUGUGUGGAGUUCCUCCGUUUUGGGCAGAAACUGAACAGGGUGUUGCUCUGGCAAUAUUACGUGGUGUAAUUGAUUUUAAGAGGGAGCCCUGGCCUCAGAUAUCUGAAAAUGCCAAGAACCUUGUUCGUCAAAUGUUAGAUCCUGAUCCCAAAAAGCGUUUGACUGCUAAACAGGUGCUUGAACACCCAUGGAUACAAAAUGCAAAGAAGGCCUCAAACGUUCCACUGGGAGAUAUAGUGAGGACAAGGCUCAAGCAGUUCUCCCUGAUGAACAGGUUUAAGAAAAAAGCCUUACGGGUUAUUGCCGAACACUUGACCAUUGAGGAGGUUGAGGUAAUCAGAGAUAUGUUUGCUUUAAUGGAUACCGACAGUGAUGGAAAGGUUACCUAUGAAGAACUGAAGGCUGGACUUCGGAAAGUCGGUUCACAGUUGGCUGAACCAGAGAUAAAAUUACUGAUGGAUGUGGCUGAUGUCGACGGAAAUGGAGUGCUGAACUAUGGCGAGUUUGUAGCAGUGACAAUUCAUCUGCAGAGGAUGGAGAAUGAUGAGCAUUUCCGGAAAGCAUUUACAUUUUUCGACAAAAAUGGCAACGGGUAUAUUGAGCUCGAUGAGCUACGAGAUGCCUUAGCGGAUGAAUCAGGUGAAACUGACGAUGAUGUUCUCCACGAAAUUAUGCAAGACGUUGACACGGACAAGGACGGGAAAAUUAGUUACGAUGAAUUUGUUGCAAUGAUGAAAGCUGGAACUGAUUGGAGAAAGGCAUCUAGACAGUAUUCUAGAGAAAGAUUCCAGAGCUUGAGUGUAAACCUGAUGAAGGAUGGGUCACUGCAUCUUCAGGAUACGGUGACUGGUCAAACUUACGUUGUUUAGCUGGACUGUAAAUGAUUUCCCACACCUCAGAAUUAUUCCCAAGUUUCCGAAGUCUAAAAUUAAUUGAACCUUCAUCUUUGACGCUUGUGUUACCUUGAAACUAGCUACUGGGAUGAGCUGCUGGGAUCUGACUAGAGGUCAUGUUACUAAAUUUAUAUUACUUGUAUAUCCUUUAACUUGUAUAGAACCAGGUCAUAUGUUUAUUAUGUUAAAUUUACCUAUGUAAUUGUCAAUUUUUUUAUUUUCACUUCCCCUUUUACCAAAUUGUGCAGAGGUUAGGUGUAGGUUUGUAACAGUUUUGCACUGGUGUUUGUUUGCGUGAGGAGUUGAGGAUGAUUCAUUUGUGUUGUAGUUGAGUUUGUUUUUAUAUAUAGCUAUCUUGCUUGAUA